AUGGCGGUACUAGCGGGUGUUGGAUAUUUAUUCAUCGCAUUUUCACCUUCACUUGUUAUUUUUCGACGGGUAAUUGCCAGCGAUCCUUUGCGAAUAAUCCUCUUUGUGUUGGGGGGUCUGAACCACAUGUCAGUUGCUGGUCAAAGAAUAGCUGGUGUGCAUACUUUGCGAGACGCCCGCCAUGUUUUAGCCACUGUGUGUGGCCUAGGAAUGGGCGUGAUGGCAGCUUUGUUUCUCAUUAUCAAUGUGAUCGCUGACUUCUGGGGCCAUGGUACUGUGGGUUUACCAGCUACUGUACCGUAUAUAUCGGAUCGCUUCACAGUUAAGCUUCUCUCCACUGACCAACAUUUCCCUAUAACGUAUUCUAUAUCAGCAUGCAUGGUGACAUUGUGUCACGUCUUCUGGACUGUAUUGUUCUGGGAUGGAUGUCAUAAGAAGGGUAUUACGAACACCUGGUGGAUGGGUAUUUGCUUUGUUGUCAUCUCGCACUACGCUAUGUCUGUUUUGAGCUUUGGGAAUCGAACAAAAUAUCAGAUGGCUGUAAUAUGCGUGCAGGGAGCUGUCGUUGUGAUAAAUGCAGUGAUCUCGUUCUUGGUUAUGGGUGUCACUUGGCCAAUUUUGAAACGCAAGACGAAAUUAGCAUUUUCCAGACUUCUAUGCUUGAAAAGCCGCAGCUCGCAAUCCAUUGCUGCUUCUAUUUCUAGAUCUGAAAACCCUGCCAGUGAUCAGACCAGUGAUAGGUCUGAUGCACUCCAUAUUUAUACCUGA